UCUCGUCUUUGGGGCUGGAGCUGUAGGCUGAGAAAGCAGAGAGCAGCAGCUACGAGGCAUCCUGCAAGCUCACCCAACACACACGGGCAGUCACUGUCAGGCCGGCCCGAUGCUGACUGGGCAAGCAAUGGCCUUCCUUUCCCUGACCUGGAUUAUUUACCGGGGCCUGGCCAUCCCUCGGAUUGCAGAAUGUGGCCUCUCGUGUUCUCAGGGCUUCACCUGCAGGAGCCACAUGAACUGGAACAUUUUCAGCAACUUCUGCCGGCAACCCCCCGCGUCCAUGUCCAGGUCGGUCCUGGAGACCCUGACGCUCUCCACUGCCAUGAAGUGUGCCCCCCAUGACGGCUGCUCCCUGCUCCUGCGCGUGCAUGCCUCCCUCACGCUGCAUGAGAGCCUGCGGGGCCUAGAGGCCUGUUCCAUGACCCUCGACACCCAGGAGAUCCAGUGUCAGAUCGUGCGGGUCUCCAGGGCCUCCCGCCAGCUGCAGGUGGGGCAGCAGCUCCAGGUGCACUUUGACUGCUUCGAGGUGAGCGUGGCCCAGAGCCUCUACGUCACCCUGAGGACUGUCCCCCACUUCUGCGGGGUCCAGCUAGACCAACAGUACCACGUGGAAGACUGCAGAGAUGAGGACAUGAGGAGGAACGUGCCAGACUGCUUUGCCAGGAAGCUCUCCUACCGGGUGGACCGCAGCCGUAAGGUGGUUCUGGUGCAGGUGCCGGAAGCCCCUGGGGGUCCCGACUACUAUGUGCGACUCUGCUUCAAGUGGUUCAUCUGCGAGGAUUCGGGCGCCCUGGUGCAGGUGACAGCGAACAGCGUCUCCCAGACCAUCUCUCUGCCCUACAGCCAAGAGCUGCCAUGUCUGUGCCUUGAGGGCUGGUCUGCCACCCCUGACGCAGUGCGGACCCAGACCUGCCCCUUUGAAGAUGACACGGAGGCACUGUGGGAUGCCAUCCACUACGACCCAGGGAGCCAGGCACUGAGCUGGGAGCCCGCCUGUCCUGUGAGUGGCCAUGUGAGUCUGUGCUGGCGCCCAGGGCCAGGGGUCCACUGCCACGAGCUGGAGCACUCGGGCCGGCCUGCACAUGGUAGGGUGCAGUACCCACUAGUGGACACACAGCCCCAGCUCUGCCUGAAGUUCUCCACCAGCCUGGGCUCCUGGGUGAAGUGCCCUUUUGAACAGCAGCGCUUCCCAGCCUGGAAGAUGGCCGUCCAGCCAGCGUCCUCUCCAAGCCACCUCCGGAUCACCUUCUUCUCACCCAGCCCCGCCCGCUUCCAGGUGCACCUGUGUCAUGGAAGGAAGAUGUGGCCGCCUGCCUGCCGCCCAGCACUCCCGGCCAUCCCCCUCCCUCCAGCCUCUGGUAACCUCACAGCUGACCCUGCAGUUGCCUUCGUGGACAUUCCUGGGGACGAGGCCUGUGCACCUGACACCUGCAUCCAGCUGCCAGCCGGCGAACAGCAGACUGAGGCUGGGUGUUGUGUCAAGAACAAGCAAGCAACAGAGCUGGACUGCUGGGGUGCGGCAGGGGGCCAGCUCGCAUCUGGGCACCACAAGCUCUAACAGCAAAGGCCACACCUCAUGGCGUGGGAAUGGUCUCACCUGGCCCCAGGUGUGGGGCCCAGGCACCUUCCAGUUCUCCAGAGGCGUGCAGCUCCACGGGAGCCCUCAGGCUGGGCCUGCAGCCCCUGCCUGAACCCCCUGGGUGGGGACCAACAGAAUGGCUGGGCAGGAUGCCCUCUGCCCCAGACAGCCCAGACCCUGACCUGCCCUGUCUCAGCUUGAUCCAGGCUCCCUCUGGACAGCCCAUGGUCACAGCUACCAUCCCUAGCCCUGAGGUCCAGCACCUAGCCCUGCCCCCUGGGUGUGAGAGCUGUCCCCGGCCUCUGGAGUGCAGGUGUGACCCCAUCCUUUCUGUAGGGGUCUCAGGACCGUCUCCAGCUCCUGCUUGAACACCCCCUUGCUGGUGGGGGUCCACAAGCUGGGCACUUCCUGCUGCCCAGGCUAGGCUUUCACCCAAACCCCACCUCACAAGGCCCCCAGCUCUCUCUCCACUGUCCCUUCAAGGACUCUGCUAAGAACCCGGGGCUGCCUGCCACCUGCAGCACCCACCCUGACCCAACCUCCCCAGAGGUCAGGCCACCUUCCACGCCCCAGCCCCCAACCUGGCCGGUUCAGUGAAAGCUGGCCACUUCCACUGGCCUCCAGGGCCACCUGCCAGGACAUGCCAUUCUCAGACAUGUCACACUCACUGAAGGCCACCAUGUGCCAUCUGUGCUCAAGGACCACAGAGGGACCCUUGACCCUGCAGUGUGACUUUUGGACCCCAGGCCAGGGGUCACUAGAAGUUAGCCCGCCAGCUCAGCCCUCACAGAACUCUCAUGCCAGCUCACAAAGACCACCCAGCUGCCCGUCCAGAGUCUGGGCAUCUCUCUACCUGUCUGCAAAUGCACUCCUACCUCCAAGCCCUGGGUCACCUGUCCCUCCUUCAGCCGGCCACAGGCCACUGGGCCUCCGGUCCCUCCCUCAGUGGGCGCCUGCCCCGGCAGAUGGGGGCGUGGGAAAGCCAGCUCGCCUGCUCACUCAGUAAACACCUGUCCACCUGGCUCACCUCUUCCCUUGAGGACAGAGAGGGGGUCUGCAGGGCAAGGUAGCCCCUCCGGGCAUGUGGUGGGGAGGAUUUCGGGGCCAGGUGUUAAAAUGGAGCCAAGGUCGCGCCUGCCGCCAGGGACGGGGGCGGAACCACAGACACCAGAUGGAGCCUGCCUCCCCCUGACGUGGGAGCCCUCUAGGCUGUACCCAAGGACAUCUGGGACCCCAACGCCCCCCCUACUGUGUGUGUGGGAAGGAGGGGGUGUCUGUCCACACAGAGGCCACCCCCUCCUGCUCAGCCCAAAGCCCCCCCCCCCCAUUAUUGAGGGGGGGGCCCCCCCCCCCCCAUGAUUGACUGGGGGGCACCCGCCCCUUUCUGGAAGCCUUUCCCCCUUUCUUCCUGCACCUGUGUGCCCAUAAAGAGGCUGAUGAGGGGCACUCUGGGUACCGAGGCCAGGGGCUGGAAAGCGAGGUGGGGCUGGAGCAGGGAGGCCGCACCCUUGGACAUCAGGCGCCCCCACCCCUGCCCAGGUCAGGGUGGUGGGGCAGGCUACGGCUCUGGGCUCACCACGUGUCCUCAUUGUGUGGGACAGGAUGAGGUCCUCUGGAAGCCCCUGUCCACUCCUGGUGUCUCCUCUUCAUCGAGGCACAGGGUCUGGUGGGGGACCAGAGUCCGGGCUCUGGUUGGGUCGCCCACCUGGAGUUCCUGCUCCCACGCCUGUACCAUCCUGGGGCAGCCUGGCCAGGCGUGUAGACCCCACCCUGACCCAGAGCCACCCUGAAUCUUGCCCACUGGAGGUGGAGAGCGGGGACAAUUUUCAGGAAGUGGUCACAGGAGCUGACCGCGUGCAGGCUCCUUCAAGACUUCAACACAGCCCUGGCCAUCCACAGAUGCAGGAAACUGAGGCCCCAACAGAAGCAAUGACUUCCCUCCUUUCCAGGACUGAGGGUGUUCAGGGCUGUAGGCAAUGGGGUGAGGAGGGGCAUGCUUGGGCCCAGCUACCCACGUCUGCUGCCACCAAGUGGUGCUCAGUGCCCGGGUUUGACGACCUCCAUCCCACCUCCACUCAGGAUCUGGGACCACACCCUGUGUCCCACAACAGACCCACUCACUUGGCCAGUAACUGCCCCCACCCCAGCCAGAGACCCCAUCCCCAUCUCAGGCCUCCCCUGCCCAGGAGAAAAGUGCUGGUGAACUGGGGCCCAGGAUGGGGAGUGACUAAGGGAGGUGGCAAGGUGGCCCAGGCCAGGGUUCGAAGUUUGACUGACACUGUGUGCCUUGUUCACAUUCAUUCACUCAAGCAGGUGCUGAGCACCCACAGGUGCCGCACUGACCUGGCACCAGGACCAAACGCUGACGAAGAUCCUGCCCCUGCAGCUGGGGACCGAGGCUGGGUGUGCUCGUGACUGAGUGGUUCCUGGGGUCAGGAUCCCCAGCCCUAAAGCCAGGCACCUGGAGCUGACCUCUGCAUGGGGGAGACAGGCGACAGACAGGCAAAUACAGAAAUUGUGUGGGGCGAGCAGGGCCGGUGUCAGGCUGGAAGAAGGGGGCUGGGAAAGCAAACAGGAAGUUGGGGGGCCAUGUAGAGCAGGGUGGUCCCCGCCUCUUGUGAACAGACUGCAGACUCGAGGGGCGGCAAGCUGUCUGGUUCUAACAGCAUCUGAAGGUGAGAGGUGGGGUGUGGCAGGCAGGGGCCACAGGGUGACCCUGCACAGGUCGGAGCAAAACAGAUGUUUUGGCCUCCGUGACUGGAGGAUGGAGCUCCGCUGGCUGAGAUGGGGAUGCGGCAGCGGGAGCUGGGUUUGGAUUUUGUAAGUUUGAGCCAUCUGCUAGACAUUCAUUCAUCCAGUCACCAAUGCUUACGUAGUGCCUGCCGUGUACCUACUCCCUCAGUGAUCAAAACAGACGCAGAUCCCUGCCCGAAGCAGAGGACAGAGGCAGAAACAUAAAAAAUGAGUGAACUAUCUAGGAUGUAUUCAGAAAGAAAAAGCGGAGCAGAGAAAGGGAAGGAGAUGGUUGUGGGGCAGCACGGCAGGGUGGGUCCAUGCAAGAUGUGAUAGGGAGGUGGGAGUUAGUGGACACAAGUGGAAAAACAAUUCAAAAUAAAGAUUCCUGCCAACCCAGUGAGUCCUCUCCACAAAGGUCGAAAAGAAACAGUUUUAUUUUUGAAUAAGCAUUAAGAGAUGGCAAAGACAGAAAUCCCCCCCUUUCAUACAAGCCAGGUGCAACCCGUUCCACAUGUGAUCUCAAGAGAAGUGAUAGCUUGUCCUCAAGAGCACUUGACACAGAGCCUGUUUCGUGUGCGGAUAGCAUCUCCCAGCUCUCUCUGGUUACAUUUGCAGAGAAUGUCCUAUUCCAUCCUUUCAACCUCUUUGUGUCUUUGUAUCUAAAGUGAGUCUCUUGUGCACAGCAUGUAGAUGGGUCGUGUUUUUUAAUGCACUCUGCCUGUCUCUGCCUUUUAAUUGGAGAGUUUAAUCCAUUUACAUUUAAAGUGAUCACUAGAAAGAAAGGAUUUACUUCUAUUUAGUCUCUUGUUUUCUCUAUUUCUUAUAUAGUUUUUGUUCCUCAAUUCCUCCAUUACUGCCUUUUUUGGUAUUUAGUUGAUUUUUUGUAGUGUACCAUUUUGAUUUCCUUCUUUUUCUGCAUAUUUUUUCAGUAUUUUCUUAAUGGUUUCCUUGGGAGUUACAAUUAAAAUCUUAAACUUAUAACAACCUAGUUUGAAUAAUACCAAUUUAGUUUCGCUGGUAUACAAACACUGCUCCUAUACAUUUCUAUCUCUCCCCCAUUGUCACAGAUAUGUCUUUAUAUACUGUGUGCCCGUUAACAUAGAUUUAGAACUGUUGUUUCAUGCAUUUGCCUUUUAAAUCAUAUAGGAAACAGAAAGAGAUGUUACAAACCAAAACUGCAAUAGUACUGGCUUGCAUAUUUUCCUGUAUAGUUACCUUUACCAGUGUUCUUUAUUUCUUCAUAUGGCUUGGAGUUACUGUCUGUUGUCCUUUCAUUUUAGGUUAAAGGACUCUCUUUAGCAUUUCUCAUCGGGCAGCUCUACUUGUAACGAGCUCCAUAAACUUUUAUUUAGCUGGAAAUAUCUUACUUUCUCCAUUUUUGAAAGAUAGUUUUACUGGAUAUAGAAUUUUGGGUUGACAGGUUUUUUUCUUUCUUUCAGGACUUUAAAGCUGUCAUCCCACUGCUUUCUGGUCUCCAAGGCUUCUAAUGGGAAAUCUGCUGAAAAUCUUACUGAGGAGCUCUUGUAUGUGACAACUCAGUCACUUCUCUCUUGCGAAUCUUGGCUUUUGACAGUUUGGCUAUAGCGUGUCUGGAUGUGGGUCUCUUUAACUUUAUCCUACUUGGAGUUUGUUGAGAUUCUUGGAUAUAUAGAUUCAUGUAGUUCAUCACAUUCGGGAAGUUUGGGGCCAUUAUUCAUUCAAAUAUUUGUAUAUCCCUUCUCUCCCCUCUUUCUAGGAUUCAUAUGAUGUGUAUGCCAGUACUCUUGAUGGUGUCCCAUAGGUCUCUCUAGCCUUUCAAUUUUUCUUCAUUCUUUUUUAUUUCUGCUCCUCAAACUGGGUAAUUUCAAUGGCCUUAUCUUCAAAUUUGCUGAUCUUUUCUUCUGCCUGCUCAAAUAUGUUAUAGAACCUCUCUAGUGAAUUUUUCAUUUUGGCUAUCAUACUCUUCAGCUCCCGAUUUUCUAUUUGGUUUCUUUCUAAAAUUUUUCUUUAUUGCUAGUCUCUAUUUGUUUGUACUUUGUUCUCCUGAUUUCCUUUAGCUCAAUGAACAUAUUAAAGGCAGUUGAUUUAACAUCUUUGUCUAUCAGUUCCAAUGUCUGGACUUCUUCAGAGAUGAUUUCUGUAAAAUUCUUUUUUUCCUGUGGGAAAAAAAGUUGAAGAAAAGGAAACACUUCUUAAUUCAUUCUACAAGGCCAGCAUUACCCUGAUUCCAAAGCCAGAAUGACACUACCAGAAGAAAACUACCGUUCAAUAUCACUUAUGAGUAUAGAUGCAAAAAUCCUCAACAAAAUACUGGCAAGCUGAAUUCAGAAGCUUAUUAAAAGGAUUAUGCACCAUGACCAAGUGGGAUUUAUUCCAAGAAUGCAAGGGUAGUUCAACAUGCAGAAGUCCAUCAGUGUAAUACACACAUUUAUAGAAUGAAGGAAAAAACCAUAUUGUCAUCUCAAUUGAUAUAGAAAAAGCAUUUGACAAAAUAAAAAUGCUCAAUAAAACAGGAAUAGACAGGAACUUCUCUAACCUGAUAAAGACCAUAUACGACAAGCCCACAACUGACAUCAUACUCAGUGGUGAAGGACUGAAAGCCUUACUCUUAAGAUCAGGAACAAGACAAGGACGCCCACUUUCAACAUUCAAAAGGGUACUGCACAUUCCACUUGGGCGGCCCAGGGUUCGUUGGUUCGGAUCCCGGGUGUGGACAUGGCACCGCUUGGCACGCCAUGCUG